CGCCUAGAAGGAAUUUUGGUCACGAGUACGCUAACGAAGUGUCGACAUUUAAAAAUUUCUUAUCGAUAAGCUGCCGGGUUUGACGACCACAGCCGUUUACUGUAGAGCAGUCAAACCAGGAACAUCUACCUUCAAUUCUGCGUCGCUCCCUCGUGGAAUCUUCCUCGAAGUCGCCACCUGCAUAGUCAUUAUCGGACAGGACCCUACGCUGCCUUCAAGACGGACAAUGAAAGAUGGCGCAACCGUUGAAGGACAGCUUCCUGGACCUUGAGAGGCAUCGCCAACUCCUCGAAGAGAACAUCGAGAAGCUACGGAAAUCCUUGCGUCACUGGCAGAUGUGGGAGGCGGAAUAUGAAGGGUUAAAGGAAGAGAUCCUAGCUGCAGAGACAAUAGAUCAGGGACAGUUACUUGCCAUCGCAAAUGCCUACGAUGGCGAGCUUGUUACCAAGAAGGAGGUUGAGGAACUAAUAGGAAUUUCCAAGCCGCGGUCUGCUGCUCAAGUUGUGAAUCUGCUGGAUAGACGGAUCGAUUAUGUCGAGCAAAAUGUUCGGACAGUCCAGAAGCAGCUUGAGUCUGCAGAACACAAACUUGCAGCAGCUAGCAUUAUCAGUGCUCCAGAGAUCAGGAAUGAGGAAGGUCUGCCAAUGACAGAGAUCAUUGAAGAAAUAGACGAAGAAGGAAAUGUCAUAUCGAGCCACACAUCAACGCCCGGUGACGCGAGACCACAACUUCUAGAAGUGUUGAAAAAGGCUGGUGUAAAAGAUUUGCCAACUACAUCGCCGUCUCCAGUAUCCUUAAGUCAAAAUCCAACUUCCAAAAACACCCCCAAGCCUCGCCAAGAUGACCCGAAGUCUGCAAAGAAGGGUGUGUCGUUCGCAGAGGAUACCAAACCUGGGCCUGAAUCACAGAAAUCGCAUACCGCUAUGAGGGUGGAAGAGAUCAUGAAACUAGCAAAACAGAAUGAAGGGAAGUCAUCGGAACCUCCAAUCAUUCCCAAAAACGAAUCUGUCGAGGAUGCUGCUCUACGUCAGGAGAUGUUGCAAUAUGGCAUGUCCGAGGUUGGUGCAGUGGUCGCCGAAUUAGAACUUGAAGAAGCCAGUGAUUGGUCAGACGGAGACUACGAAGAUGAGACAAGCAGUGCGGAUGAUGAAGAUGCUUUUGGUAGGUCGACAGGAAAGUUGAUUGAUGACGAGUUGAGGCAGCGAAUGUUGGAACUCGAGGAGAGACUUGGCGUCCGUUCCAUGCAAAACGUUGGCAAAAGUGGCCCCGAGUACGACGUUGUGCAGGAAGGAAUUGGACGUGUUGCUAUCAGUGGUCAAGAGAAUAUUCCUCCAAAAUCUACGAUGAUCGACAAGAGCCAGGCGAAGAAUACCGGCGACAAGUCUAGCAAGAAGUCGGUCAGAUUUUCAGAAGAGCUCGACAUCUCAAACCCUUCACCAGAGCCAGUCGCCUCAAAUCCCACACCCAAAGAACGAUUGCAAGCCCCUGUUGGCGACAUUGUGGAGCGAGCUCCUCCUGCCCAAGCAUCUAAUACCACAAUCCCACAGCCACAAAAGAAAGCAUCACGGUUUAAGUCAUCUCGAACCCCAGCCAACGUUCUCAAUGGCCCUCUUGCAUUACCGAACAGCGCUUCAUUACCCCUACAGCCUGCAAGAUCCGCCAACCCAAAGCCAUUCUCUUCACCAAUCCAGUUCAGCCCUGCCACAGAUUCUGAGCGCAAAGUGCCAAUAGGUCCAGAAGGCGUAACUCUGGCUUCUAAAGUGGUAGAACGCGAUGUUCCCUUGGAUACAUCCGCAGCAGCACCUGAUGAGUUGGAUCCGCACCUUCUUAACCAGGAAGUUGCUAUGGAGUACCACAAGAUGAGGAAUAGAAUGAUUGGGAAACAGGGCGGAUUCAUGAAGGAGGAAGAGGGUGAGAUGGUGCCAUUUACUGAGGAAGAGGGUGGACCGAAGAAAAUGAGUAGGUUCAAAGCUGCGAGGUUGGGAAAGUCUUGAAUACACAAUGCCAUAGUACCAAAACAGGUUCGGGAAAUAAUCCCGAGUAAACAUGUAUCAACAAAGAGC